UGUGUGUGUGUGUGUGUGUGUGUGUGUGUAUGGAUGGGGGGGGAUGGUGGAUGGUGGAAUGAUCAACAAGGUAAACUGGAUGUGGAUGUGGGUGGGUUAUUGUGGGCAUAUCCAUGCUUAUGUGGAUAUGUGUAUGCAGCUAUGCACACGUAUGUUUGUCAAACUGAAAUGUGAAACAUUCCAUUCUGAAUGAAGGCACUUUGAAUGGAGUGAAUUAUCUUUAAGAUAACGAAUGUCACUUUUAAUGGAGUCACCACAGCUUUGUAUCCCAAAGUUAUUAUCUAUAGUUUACACAAGGUAGUCCUCAAGUACACGGCAAUUCAUCUAUUACAUAAGGAGCCGGAGGAAACACUUUUGAAAUGUUCACUGGGUUAACUGAAGUGCUUACAAAUGUGUCAUAUUUUUCUAUCAUGGGAAGUCAAAGUGAGCCAAAGGUGAGGUCUGUGUAUGCAGUGUACGUGUAUGCAGUGCAUCCACUUGCAUUGCACUUACAGUAAGCCUAGCAAGCUUCUCCUUUUUUUAAACGUAUAAGGAAAUUCCUUGGGAAUGCAACUCUUACAUGUGAAUGUGAGCUAUACACAAAAGCAUUUGGGUCUGUUAAGCAUAUUCUGUAUGACAAGUUGCAUACGGGUACAUGACCAAAGGUGUUCAGGCACCGUGACCAUGACUAAAAUCAUUUGGAAAGCUUGUACUGAAGAUGUGUGUGAGCCUCUUCUCCUCUCCUGGGGUUUAUAGGGUGGAUAGAUUGAUUCAGAUCAUGGAAUAGGUUUUUUUUCCAUUAGAUGUCACAAAGGCAUGGGUUAUGCAUUGUGUUUAGUAUAUGGUAUUUCUCUCAAGCUCUCAUAUAGUUUAUCAAGUUAUUGUGAAGGGCAUAUGCAUAAAGAUCAAUCAGUAACUUCCAUUUCACUGGUAUAUUAUUGUUUCUUUUUUGGUGAAUCUUAUUGUAAGAUAAAAUUGCUAUUUUUAUUAUAUAUUUAUAAAGAAACUAUUUUUAUCUGGUAGUUCAUAUGUAGAGUCAGAUUGGGACCAAUCAGUAGGCUUUACAGUUUGUCUUAAAGUGACCUUUUUCAGUAAUGUUUUGUAAUUAUCAUGGUGAAAUAAAAAAUAUAUAAUCACAAUUCAAGAAUCAUAGAAUCAAUACUUAAAGAAUAAAUACUUUAAGAAUGAAUCACAAUUGAUGAAAGGGUUUCAGAAAAUCUUCAGAUGAAAGAAGGGUGUACUGCAUUUAAAAGAGGGAAAGGAUUUGCGUAUUAGACAUUAUUUAGGGGGAAAGUACCUCUCAUCAGUGGGGUAGGGUGUAAUAAAAACCUCGUAUGUAUCUGUUUGGAUGUUUGACAAUAAGAAUGCUUUAAUUACACAUAAGUGUAUGUGUAUGCAGUGCAUCCACUUGCAUUGCACUUACAGUAAGCCUAGCAAGCUUUAAAGCUCUACUCCUUUUUUAAACGUAUAAGGAUAUUCCUUGGGAAUGCAACUUACAUCAGCCGAAAGCACAUAUGUCCUUCAUCCAUAUUCGUCUCGAAGGAUGCCCCGGUAGAUAUCGUCACCGGGAACGACUGUCAUCCCCCAGCUUCCCGGUAAGGGCUUGAUGACGUGAAACACGUGUCCACCCCUCCUAUUAUAGUGCUAUGUCACACGUUACUGUAAUGUGGCAUCGCGAAUCGAGGUAGAGAUAUUAACGAUACAGUGUGGCAAGACAUUUUUUUUGUGUGUCGAACAAGGAAGUGGGUAAGCGUGACUCAACCGAUAACGGCACGAUAAAGCGGAAAAUACCAGAAAAGGUAGGUGGAGCCGGUAUCAUUGCCCGUGUGCAUGCAUACGUACAAACGCCGGUUCUUGGCUACCGCUGAAAAGUAAAGUGAAAUAAGGUUUUGUUAUUAUGAAGUGAGGUGCUGAGGGUAGUUAAACAAAACAUAAUUGAAAAUACUUUGGGAUAAAGACGGACUGCAUAUGUAUUUACUCUAUCUAUAAAGAAGGUUGCGUUUUGUAGGUGGACAGUCUGUCCAGUAAAUCAUUGAUUAAUUUGCCAGUGUCACCCUUACAUUCGCAGUGAUGAAGUAUGAACCUAAAGUAUCGGUGUCAACACUGUGGCAGGAUGGCAGACCAGGGGGAACACUUCUACAAUGUCCAAGUGGGGGACUCCACUUUCACUAUACUUAAACGCUACCAGCAACUUCGUGCCAUUGGAUCUGGGGCACAGGGGAUUGUAUGCUCUGCUGUGGACACAGAUUUGGAGAUACCAGUUGCACUGAAGAAAUUGAGUCGUCCUUUCCAGAACCAGACCCAUGCCAAACGGGCCUACAGGGAACUGGUUCUGCUCAAGUGUGUCAACCACAAAAAUAUCAUUAGACUCAUCAAUGUCUUCACACCUCAGAAGUCUUUGGAGGAUUUUCAGGACUUGUACCUGGUGACGGAGCUGAUGGAUGCCAGUCUUUGUCAGGUGAUCCACAUGGACCUGGACCAUGAGAGGAUGUCCUAUCUGCUCUACCAGAUGCUGUGUGGAAUCCAUCACCUCCACUCAGCUGGAAUCAUUCACAGGGACCUGAAGCCCAGCAACGUUGUGGUGAAAUCAGACUGCACACUGAAGAUCUUAGACUUUGGUCUUGCUAGGACUGCCUGCACUAAUUUCAUGAUGACUCCAUACGUGGUGACCAGAUAUUAUAGAGCACCAGAGGUCAUUUUAGGGAUGAAGUACAAGGAGAACGUCGAUCUCUGGUCAGUGGGCUGCAUAAUGGCUGAAAUGAUUCUGCACAGGAUCUUGUUUCCAGGGAAGGACUACAUUGACCAGUGGAACAAAGUCAUUGAAGUCCUUGGUACGCCAUCCUACGAGUUCAUGGGUCAACUCAUGGAAACCGUACGGAAUUAUGUGACGAGUAAGCCUCAGUUCCCCGGGAUCAACUUCGCUGAGGUCCUCCCUGACUGGGCCUUCCCCAGUGAAUCUGAACAUGACAAGCUGAGAACCAGCCAAGCUCGAGACCUUCUCUCGAAGAUGCUUGUUAUUGACCCUGAGAGAAGAAUAUCUGUGCAGGAAGCCUUAAAUCACCCCUAUAUUCAAUUGUGGUAUGACCCAGCAGAAGUGAAAGCACCACCUCCUCAGAUCGCAGACAAGCAGCUGGAUGAACGAGAACACAGCAUUGAGCAGUGGAAAGUCUUGAUAUUUGAAGAGGUUCUGGACUGGGAGGAGAGCAGUGGACUGGACAUUGGGUUGCAGAGAGAGGGUUCAUUAGAGCAGACAGUUGGUUCGGACACAGACAGCAGCAUGGUGGACCCUCUCAGUGAACCCCCAGAUGAGGGCCUAUGAUGGGACGCUAGAUAUCUGCUCCAUGGUGGACCCUCUCAGUGAACCCCCAGAUGAGGGCCUAUGAUGGGACGCUAGAUAUCUG